AUGGCGGAGCGGCUCGUGAACUUCGAUUCUUUGCUGGACCGCUUCGAUGAAUGCGUCUCGGAUGUGGGGAGCAAGGCCGAAAGCCUGUUGCACGCAAAUUCGGCUGAAACCAGGGCCCUGGUGAAGUUCUACGACCCGGCUAGACCCGGUGCGACUUGGUGGGGUAAAGCCGGCCGCUGGCGCUCCAAGGCCUUGCAAGGGCUGCGCAGCAACAAGCAGGACUACUACAAAGGCGUAUCUCUGUUCAGCACCGCACCGGGCAUCUCCAAGAUGUAUGUCAACGCCGUGUUGGCACGAGUUGACGCACAGCACCAAGCCCUCACGUCCAAGAUCGCGUGCUCGAACAUGCGCGUCGUGAAGGAGGCUGCCCAGCUUAAGAUGCAGUGCGUCGAGAAUCCCAACACCAUGGAGGAGCGUGCCCAGAAAAGGGCCAAGGCGCGGCGCAUUCACAUGAUUAAGAAUGGGGAUGGGGAUCUCCUCGCCCAGCUGAUCAGUCCGGAGGAGUUUCAGAAGCUCCUUAAGGAGAGCGAGGAGAGCGAGGAGAGCGAGGAGACCAGCAAGUGA